CACUCAGGGCUCGAUUACACCGCGUCGCAAGUUUUGUGUUAAAAUGGCGGCGGAAACAGCAAGACAGGUACAAGAUGCCAACUAAAGCGAGCAAACUUGGCUACUUCCCCCUCCCGCCUUGUUCGCCGGACACCGGGGAGGUGUUCCCCGUCGCCUGCCGAGACCGUUCGAGCCCAGUUUCGCUUCCAAUGUGGAAACGUCAAAAACUAGACUACUAAACCGCGAGCCGAGUUUCCGUUUCAAGUGCUCAUUUUAUUUUAUUUUUUUUGGAGGGGGGGGGGUGGUUUCUUGCGUCGCCAAAUGACCUCGCGGCCGCGCACGCCGAACUGCGUCGAGGAGAAGCCGGGGAGGUGAUAGUGGUCGCCGCGUCCCCCUUGGUCAUGGACCGCUCCAUCCCGCAGACGCCCGGCGGCCACCUGUAGCUUCGAGCUGCCCCCAUGGCGAACCCGACCCGCUGUGACUCGGGUCGGACGGAGAACCGCGGUGGCGUGUUUGGCGAAGCGAUUGUAGCGAACGGUCGUUCGGCGGGAGACCCGUCCGUGUCAAGCAGUCACGAUCCCUCCGGUCGACGCCUCCUCGAUCCGGGCGCGCCGCUCCAGUGUGAAUCCGCGCCAUGCCCCACCUCGAGCUCCGUUUUCCGCAGCGGCCCGCAGAAGCUCAGUCUCGACCCGGACAGCCACAGUCUGACUUCCCAGGACUCGGGGAUCCCGACCCUGGAGCUCAACCCUCCGGAUUUCAGCGGGGGGGACUCUCCCGCGACUUUAACGUUAGAUGAUGACCCCUCCGGUUGCAACGGCGUGUUCAAGUCCUCCAGCUUCCCGCGCAGCGGCUUUGACUCCACCCGCUUCUUCAGCCCGGGGCUCAAAGUGUCCGGCGCCGGCGCCGCCGUCCACCGAGCCUUGAACCGCAGCGACGACGUCUCCGUGUGCAGUUCGUCCAGCAUGAGCACGGAGCUCUCUGCGUCCAACGAGGACAUCUUGAAUUUCACCGUCACCUCCGACUCGAGCGCCAUCGUCACCUUGGAGACGGACGAGAGCUGCAUGGCUCCCUUCUCCGACGUCGCGCUGGCUUCGUUGCCGGGACGAUCCAAGGACUUGAGGGGUCCGGGGCAAGCGAGCCCCCCUGGAGUUGUGCGACAGGAAGAGGACGGCGGGCAAAAGAAGCUCGGGUCAUUCACCAGCUUGUUCAACAGGAGCCUCUUUGCCAGGAAACUGAAGGACAGUCGCUCAGUGGAGCAGCGGGAUGCUGGAUGGAAGCUGUUUGGCAAGGUGCCGCCGCGAGAGGUGCCCGUCAAGGACCCGAAAAGAAUACAGAAGGAAUAUGAAACGAAGACCGGCAGAGGUGGACACGGCAAUCCGACGUCUCCCGGGCAGAAUGUGAGGAAAAACCUGGACUUUGAGCCCCUCUCCACCACCGCGCUCAUACUGGAGGACAGACCCGCCAAUCUUCCGGCCAAGCCGGCCGAGGAGGCCGAGAAGCACAGACAACAAUACGAAGAGAUGGUGGCCCAGGCCAAGAAGAGAGAGCUGAAGGAGGCCCAGAAGAGGAAGAAGAAACUGGAGGAGCGCUGCAAGCUGGAGGAGAGCAUCGGCUCGGCGGCGCAGACGUGGAACCAGGAGAUCCUGCCCAACUGGAGCGCCAUGUGCGCGUCUCGACGCGUGAGGGACCUGUGGUGGCAGGGCAUCCCGCCCAGUGUCCGGGGCAAAGUGUGGAGCCUGGCGGUGGGCAACGAACUCAACAUCACGCACGAGCUUUACAAUAUCUGCCUGGCGCGGGCGAAAGAAAAGUGGAGGAGCACGCCGGCCGGCGCCGCGGAGGCCGAAAGCCAAGAUGCGGGCUCAUCCGAUCGGGAGUCAAGCUUGGAGCUGAUCAAGUUGGACAUCUCCAGAACAUUCCCCCAGUUGUGCAUCUUCCAGGAGGGCGGGCCCUAUCACGACGUGCUGCACAGCAUUCUGGGAGCGUACACCUGCUACCGGCCCGAUGUCGGCUACGUGCAGGGCAUGUCGUUCAUCGCCGCCGUGCUGAUCCUGAACCUGGACACGGCCGACGCCUUCAUCGCCUUCGCCAACCUGCUCAACAAGCCGUGCCAGAUGGCCUUCUUCAGGGUGGACCACAGCCUUAUGUUGACGUACUUUGCUGCAUUCGAGGUGUUCUUUGAGGAAAACCUACCAAAGCUCUUUGCACAUUUCAAGAAGAACAACCUGACGCCUGAUAUUUAUCUGAUCGACUGGAUCUUCACCCUGUACAGUAAGUCUCUGCCGCUGGACCUGGCGUCGCGCGUGUGGGACGUCUUCUGCCGAGACGGCGACGAGUUCCUGUUCCGCACGGCGCUGGGCCUGCUGCGCCUCUUCCAGGACGUGCUGACCCGCAUGGACUUCAUCCACAUGGCCCAGUUCCUCACCCGCCUGCCCGACCUCAUCCCCGCCGAGCAGCUCUUCCAGCACAUCGGCGCCGUCCACAUGACCAGUCGCAACAGGAAGUGGGGGCUGGUUUUGCAGAUGUUGCAGAAAGAUCCAGAGCGAGGAAGUCCUGUGCUGAAGCGCUGACGCCCGGGAGGGGGGGGGGGGGGGAGACAUCAGAAGUCCGGUCAGAGCUAAUUUUUGUUACUAGCGAUCAGAACCAGGACCCAGCACCGUGGGUAACAGAGCAGGGGUGCCUUAUUUAAUGAACUUCCCCAGCAGAGGAACCACAACACACUCCCGGACCCCCGUGGGACCACCCAGAUGCCAGUUAUCACGUCCAGCUCGUCACUCAGUUCCGGUUAAUAGCUUUUUAUUUUAUUUUUUUCUCCAAGGCGACUCCCCGAUCGUCGUUUUUCCUCCGUGAACGCAUCGACGUGCCGCCACCGUCUGGAAAUCAGGUCAGGAGCUGCCUUUCCAUGUUUUGCGCCGGCGUAUCGUGAGAAACUGUCGCGGCUCGAAUCGACGUUUUCGGGUUAAGUUACUUAUUUGUAUGGCGGGUGAUCGUUUGUUUGUGCUUGUCAGCGACCGCUCAAAUUUGAUGUCAGGUUGUGGGUUCUAAACAGGAAACAUCUUUUUUCUUUGUUAUGAUGCUUGUGUGGUUUUUGCACUCUCUCCCCAAGCGCAUCAGAACUGCAAUAAACUUUAUUUUUUAUGUAUAUAUAUUUUUAGGGGGGGGGGGCUUUUUCCAUUAAGUGGGCACAUCGCAAGUCAUCCCUCAGGUUCUUUUAAAUUUGGAUUUCAGUCUUUUUUUGUUUAACGGGUUUGUGCGCGUUUCCGGAGCGAGAGACGGUCAGAAAACGGGCCCGCCGGUGAAAUGAAUGUAAACUCUUUGAUUGCACUUUUCUGUCUUUUGAUUUGCUGUCCUCUCUCGGUUUUGGUUUUCUCUGGUUUCGGACUGGCAGCAGAAGGGAAAACGAACCUCGUUUGACCAAAUAAAUAAAAAGGCGUUGCAAAACUGA